AUGACUGUGCAUGUGAUGAUUAUGCAUAUCUUACAUUCUCGUGGGGGUGCAUUUUCUCUGUGCAUCUGCGAUCUCACAGUGCAAAUCUGUUUUAUUGUGCCAGUGCCCAUGCGUUUUGCCUUAAUAACAAUAAUUGUGUCUAUUGUCCCUUGUUUAUUUAUUUUCCUUUUUGAAAACAAAAACACAAACGAAAGAGGUCGUCUACUAGCCAUGACGGAGGUUGCAGCUGCGAAGAAGGAUAAGAAGGCCACGCAGGAGGAGGUGACGGUGCAGCAGUCAGACCAGGCGCAGGUCGGCUUGAUCAUCAAGGUGCUCGGCCGCACCGGCUCGCGCGGCAACGUAACGCAGGUCCGCGUCCGCCUCAUGGCCGAGGAGGGCUCGCCGGACGCCAACCGCACGAUCGUGCGCAACGUCAAGGGGCCGUGCAAGGAGGGCGACAUGCUUUCUCUCAUGGAGACGGAGCGCGAGGCCCGGCGCCUGCGUUAA